AUCUGUGGCAGUUUUCAGUUUUUUGUGAUUUGAGCAUUGAGCUUGAUAUUAUUUUUGAAGUUAAUAAAAUGCUUUCGAUUUUAAGAAAACUUUUGUGUAGUAAUAACAAGAAUUCGGAUUUCUCUAACGUGUUGUGACUUACAUUUCAUGAUGUGUAAAACUACUGUGCAACUAAGCAUUGAAGAAUUGAAUUAACGAUUUAUUUAGUGGUACGCAAGAUGGACGAAUUGUGUAAGGGAAUGUCACAAACAGGAAGCUCAAUUAUUGCAACUGACAAAACUCAAGAAAAUAAUGGUUCUAUGGUCUAUGUCAACGAUCCAUGUCUGGAGUGCGAACGCGUACGUGCUGCUUGCGAACGUCUCGGUUCCGUUGUAGCCGUUAGCGUUGGACAAGGACUUCCUACACUGACGUCGCCGGCCUAUUUUAUCACUUCACCGUUUGAGGGCGACUUAUUCGAUGCAGCGCACAAAGCUAAAUAUAGGGUGCUGGGUCCCACUGCGGUGCUACAAUUGGCGCAGCGCGAUGAGCCACCACCAGCGAACGCACGUCCUCUAUACUCUUUGGCCAUGCGAGGAGCUGUCAUAUGCUUCUCGGGCUUUAGAAAAAAGGAUGAACUUACGUACCUAAUAACGCUAAUACACUACAUGGGUGGUUCAAUACGGAAAGACAUGUCAAGUAAAGUGACCCAUUUGAUAGCGGCCGCCGCUACGGGCGAUAAAUAUCGAUAUGCUUCGGGCUUUGGGCUCCCGGUGCUGGCGAGGUCAUGGGUUGAUGCAUGUUGGGAGAGACGGGAUGAUCCAGCAUGUCUGGCCACUGAUGAUGCUAUUAUUAAAGAGCAUAAGUUGCGAGUAUUCGCGGGUGCAAGGGUUUGUUUUGUGGGAUUCCCCGAAGAUGAGACUCAGCACAUGGCUGAGGUACUUGCGAGUAAUGGUGGGGCCUCAUGCCAGUUGGAUGAUCCCGACUGCACACAUGUCGUUAUGGCCAAUGGGGAGACUUUCGGUCGUUCGCUUAUCCUUUCACCCCAUUCGAAUACCCCUAACUCGACAAAAAUCCGCUCAACUCCCACAAGACCUCAGACCACACCAAAAACCUCCCUCUAUCGGAGACUCUCAGCACGUUUGUCGGGUUGUCGCUCUAGUCCAAAUAAAAGCAAUACAAUAGAAGAUGAAAGAGAAAAGCGUUUACAAAAUGCAAGAGAUAGGUUUAGAAAAACAAAGAAUGAUAGUUGCGAAAGUAAAGACGAGAGCAGUGUUAGUAAUAGUGAGCCCGUGGCUAACGUAGGUAGUGAAAAUGAAAUUGAUAGUAUAGAUGCACGGAAGUACAAAAAUAGCGAUAAAGAAAAUAAGCAUGUGGUACACAUAAACAGAGCACCCUUCAAAGACAAAAGAGAAGCGUUUAAAAAUAAAUCUAUGAAUAUAUUCAAUAUUGUAGACUGUUUAACUGAAGCCGGUUCUUUAAACUCAUCAUUAACAAAGAGUCUAUGUGAUUUGGAUUACAAAGAUGAAACUGGAUUUUUGUUACCAUCAUCAGCUGAGUGUAACUCGACUACAACGAUAUCAUCAGCUAAAAAGAGGAGUCGCAAUUCAACUGACUCUAAUAUACAAGUAAGUCCAAUAGAUGCGAAUUUAUCACCGGACAAAACAGAAGACUCCACUUGGAAGUCAAUCAAAAGACUGAAAAUUAAAGACUCUUUCAAGUUCAAGAAUAGACCGACGAUAUUUAAACGCACUAAAAAGGAUUCAGUGACGAAAGUUGCGGGUGAUAUUUCUGUAGAACCAGUUAGUCCUGAUGUAAAACCAACGGAUCCGGCAGGAGAAUUUGUAGCAUCAACAUCGUCACCUAUAAGAGAAGAUGAUAAUACAUCAAUAUGUUCAAUGAAUCUCAGCAAACAGUCCAACAUCUUUGACACUUCAUUCACAUCCAUGAAAAGCUCGAAAACUGUGAAGUCCAAACUUCGCAGAAGUGUGAAAUCUUUCACAGCAUCGUUUAGAAGCGAGCGAAAAAAGAAGUAUGAGAAAAGAGCUGAACGUAAUACAGUGGAAGUGGAUCCUUCCCAUCUCAUUGAUUUGAAGAAUGUGUCUACACCAAAGAGAGAUCUGGAUGAUAUGCAUUUAGAUAUAUCACCAGUACAAGUCGAUACAGUCGAUAGUACGGAUAUGAGAACGCCCAAAGUGUUGACUUUGGAUGAGUUAGAUGAUUCCACGAUAUUUAAGACGCCGCAUAGGGUUGUUAGGGCCCAGCGGCAUUCUAUUUGUGGGGAUGUUAAGGCGAAAAGUAAUAUGUGCUAUGAGAGUCUCACUUCCUUACCCUCUGAAGCGGUAACAUGCAACGUGACGCCGACUUCGACAACCAUCCGUGACGCUCGCGUAUCAUGCCUUGGAUUCUUGCCGGUUGUGGAUGAACAUAAUACAGUGGUUGUCCCGGACUGUUCGCAUAGUAUUCACAUCGUGAAGGCCGAGUGGUUCUGGGCGUCUGUUCAGAAUGAGGAAGCGCAAGAUGAAAGGGAUUAUUUGUUCAAAGAUUACCUCGACGAGAUAUCUCGCCGUUCAUCUGUAGGCAGUUCAAUACCAGUAGAAGAGAGCACGGAACGCAACGUCGCGGGGACGCCCGCGCACCUGCGUAUGCGCAAGCGCAAGUUGCGUGGCGGCGAUGCGGCGUUGCAUAAAAGGAGGUCGUCCGUUGGCGAUGCAGUUUUGCUUAGUUUAUCUGGGAAUUUGUUGGAUUGCACGCCCUCGCCGGAUGGAAAGCAAUUGCUUGAAGAAUCAGAAGUACCAGAUAAUGUUGUCCGGAAGUUAAUGUCACCGAGGCAACAAGUGUUUAUGGAAUUAUUACAGACUGAGUCGAACUAUGUUGGAAUACUACAGACAAUUGUCGCGAUGUUCAAACAACCGCUUGAAGAAAUGGCAGAGGAAGAUACGAAUAAUGGCAAAAACCAGGCAUUGCUCAACAACACGGAACUGAAAAUUAUAUUUGGAAACUUACCACCGAUAUUUGAAUUACAUCAACGCAUGUUGGAAGAGCUGAAAUGGGCGCAGGCGCACUGGAGCGAGGAAGUCAGUAUCGGGCGUCUAGUCCUCCGAUACACACCGGAUAUGGUGAAAGCCUACCCUCCUUUUGUCAACUUUUUCGAAAACACCAAGGAGAUGCUGCAACAGUGCGACCGAGAGAAUCCCAGAUUUCAUGCCUUCCUUAAAAUUUGCCAAACGAAACCCGAAUGCGGCCGACAAAGUCUACAAGAACUUUUAAUAAGACCUGUGCAGCGGUUACCGAGUAUUAGUUUAUUGCUGGAUGAUAUACUGAAACACACGCACAAAAGCAACCCAGAUCACGUGGCCUUGGUGUCGGCCUUGGCCGGUCUCAGAGAGGUGAUGUCCCACAUCAACGAAGACAAACGCAAGACUGAGGGACAGCUGCAGAUGUUUGACAUUUACAACGACAUUGAUCAGUGCCCGGCGCAUUUAGUAUCGUCUCACCGUUCUUUCGUGUCCCGAUGCGAAGUGGUGGAAUUGUCCAAAGAGCUCUCCGGAAGGGGAGAUCACCUCGUACUCUUUCUCUUCACAGAUACAAUGGAAGUCUGCAAGAAGAGAUCGAAGGCCUUCAAUAGUAAGAGUCCGACGAACGGUACCGGUACGAUGCGAAUAGGUUCCAGCAAGCCCUACAGGCACAUAUCGUUGAUGCCUCUUAGCACGGUCAAGCGUGUCGUGGAUAUCAGAGAGGCGGAAGAUUGCCACAACGUGUUCGCACUGAUGUGUCGAAGUAAUCAAGAGUUGAAGGAGAAAUUGUACUCGUUCAUGAUAACCGACGAUGCUGUGGACAAAGGCCACUUCCUUCGGCAACUCUGCAGACAGAUGGCUAACACCGUCUGCAAAGCUGAUGCUGACAAAUUUCUGGCGUGCCUUGAGUCGCACCAACUCGACAUCGAUACAAGUGAUCUGGCGUUGAGUACGCUCUCAAAGGUGUCAAAGUUCGCAGCAAAGACUAGGAUAAAGCUGGAGGCGCUGGCAGGUCUGGGCGGUUGGCUGCGAGCGGCGCCUUCCGCUGCGCUCCUUGACACUUGGGUAUUGCGCGCUCACUUACUCCCGCAGGUGGAGAGGGCCUUGUCUUUUAACAAAACACCGUCGAAAUUAAAGAGAGCGAUGUCGUCAAUAAUCUCGCCGUUUGGUUCAACGUCCAGUUUGACGCCUGCCUCACAGCAGCUCGCUCAGAUGAGGCUCGCUAGCUGCAACAAUAUCAAUGAAAUGGGCAGCAGCGGAGGUGCUGGAGAGGCCAGCGAAGUAUUAGUAGCACCACUAUCAGUGCAACCCACGCGUAAAGCCACGGCCGGUGCCGCCGCAGCCCUACGGCGCUUCUGACGUACACGUACGCGCGCAUGCGCACAUACCUAAGGUAUAAUAAGGCAAACGGGUGUAGUCGCGCGGAAUAUGGAAUUUCGCAUCGUCGAGUGGUUAAGCCUUUUUGCUAUUUUUAAUUUAAUUAUUAAUAAUUUAUUUACUUGUAUACCAUUGGGCAGCGAGUAUCAGUUCGUAAACCGUCAAAUGCCAUUAUGUCAUCUACAUGUAUAAUAGUCCAAUAAAAUAGUAAUUCAUUCAUAGCUCAUUAAAUAUAAAUAUUUCUCAAUAUAUUAGAUAGUACCAGGUAGAGUCUAAAAGUCUAAUUGCCCUAACUAAAGUACUCUUUCUUCUCUUUCUGUCUUUGCGUUACGGAGCGUUCAAGUAUUACGUAAC